AUGGUCUCCAAUGAAGGUCAUCAAUAUACAGGCAUUAUCUAUUUACUUAAACAUUUUGGGUGGAUCUGGGUUGGACUUUUGGCUGGAGACGACGAAAGCGGAGAACGUUUCUUGAAAAAGCUGGAGUCGUUAUUUCUCCGGCAUAAAAUUUGUUCCGCCUUUGUUCAAAGAAUGCCGGUUGACAGCCGAUUCCCUGAGCUCGAUGAAUUGAACACCAUUUCUGCAAAUGCUAAUGAGUUUUACUCGGAUCCGAAAGUUAAUGCCCUUGUUGUCUACGGUGAAACUCUAACUGUCAUGUGGCUAAGCACUGCGUUGUUUUUUGCCGGUGUUAACUAUACCGAAAAGGUGUGGAUUAUGACAGGCCAAAUUGACUUUGCUUCAACCGUCAUUUCAAGGGACUGGAAAUACGAGAUAUUCCAAGGUACCCUUAUUUUUGCAAUCCACUCCAAUGAGCACGAAGAGUUUCAGGUCUACCUUCAGAAUAUAAAACCAGCCAAGGCACACCUUGAUGACUUUUUCAAGGAAUUCUGGGCCCAAGCCUUUGGUUGCUCUGUUCUGGAUCCUGAGGACCUAACAGAGUCUCACAAAUUUUGUAAUGGGACAGAAUCCCUGAGGGAUCUUCCAGGGAUUCUGUUUGAGAUGGUCAUGACGGGCCACAGCUACAGCAUCUACAAUGCAGUCUUUGCUGUGGCCCAUGCGCUACACAACCUGGAUUUAUCUAGACCCAAACAUAAAGCAGUCAGGAUUACAAGACAUCUUGAAGAGAUACACCCUUGGCAGCUCCAGCACUUCCUUCAGACGCUUUCAUUCAACAACACAGACGGAGAAACGGUGUCCUUUAAUGAGAAUAAGGAGAUGGGAUCUGGAUUUGAUAUAAUAAACCUGCUUAUUUUCUCUAAUAACUCUUUUCAUAAAAUAAAGGUUGGAAGGAUUGGGACCAAGGACACUCACGGAAAGCAAUUCACCAUUGAAGAUGACAAGAUUCAAUGGCAUGGAAGCGUUAACAAAGUCCAUCCCCUUUCCUUAUGCAAUCCUUAUUGCCAGCCGGGUUAUGAAAAGAAAAAAAAAGAAGGAGAUAAAUUUUGCUGCUACGACUGCGUUCCGUGUCCAGAAGGGAAGAUUUCCACUGAAAGAGAUACGGAGGAUUGCUUCACAUGUCCAUCUGAUCAGUAUCCAAACCAGGAACGAGAUGAAUGUUUCCCCAAAAGGAUCGUUUUUCUGUCUUACGAGGAGCCUUUGGGCAUCUCCUUAGCCACAAGUGCCUUCUUCUUCUUCUCAGUCACCAUUCUGGUAUUAAAAAUAUUCCACCUGCACAAAGAUAGUCCCAUAGUCAAAGCCAACAAUCGGGACCUCACUUAUGCGCUCCUUAUUUCGCUUUCGCUCUGCUUCCUCUCACCGUUCCUAUUUAUGGGAAAGCCCGGAGUGAUGACCUGCUUCCUUCGGCAACCAACUUUUGGUAUCAUCUUCUCACUGGCUGUUUCCUGUGUCUUAGCAAAAACCAUCACUGUGGUGAUAGCUUUCAUGGCCACCAAGCCAGGAUCCCAUAUGAGGAAGUGGAUGGGAAAGAGGCUUACAUGUUUUAUUGUCUUUUCCAGUUCUUCCAUUCCAGUUGGCAUGUGUGCUGUAUGGCUAACAAUCGCUCCACCAUUCCCCAAUUUGGACAUGGACACACUGGCCACUGAGAUAGUAGCCGAGUGUAAGGAAGGUUCCGUCGCCAUGUUUUAUCUUGUCUUGGGCUACAUGGGACUUCUGUCCAUCAUCAGCUUCAGUGUUGCUUUUCUAGCCAGGAAGUUGCCGGAUAGUUUCAACGAAGCCAAAUUCAUCACCUUUAGCAUGCUGGUCUUCACCAGUGUUUGGUUGUCCUUCGUUCCAACCUACCUGAGCACCAAGGGAAAAUAUAUGGUAGCUGUGGAGAUCUUCUCCAUCUUGGCCUCAAGUGCUGGGCUUUUGGGAUGCAUAUUUUUCCCCAAAUGUUUCAUAAUUGUGCUGAGGCCUGCACUGAACAACAAGGAACACCUCGUAAGAAGAAAGCAGAUGCAAAAAUAA